GGACGCUAGACCUCCGGGCACGAAGCGAGCGAGCAGAGACGAGAGCGAGCGAGCAUCGGCCGUCCUGGGCCCCCGGCGAGCCCGCAGGAGCCCCGGGGCCUCGCAGCCAUGAGCGGCGAGCAGGAUAAACAAGCAGGCAAAGAAAAAUUCAAGACACCAGUCAGAUUCCUACCACAGUUGUCUAUGGAAAAGUCAUCUGGCAAAGAAAAAUCCAGGCUACCGACAAGAGUUUUACCACAGUUAUCUACGGUGGGGACCAAGCCCCAGUGGCAUCAGGCAGCUCCUUCUUUCCAUUUGACUAUGAAACAGGAUGAAGAAAUUCCAGAACCCUUUACUGUUAAAAAUGAGCAGUCAUAUGCUGAAUAUGUGCACCACUUUGGGAAAAAAGGCAAACUACUGGACCAAGCUGAUGAUGGCCACACUGGACCGUCCACUUCCAAGACAAAGACCAAAUCUCCACACAAAGAACGAGAAAACUUUAGAAGUGCUCUUGUGAAUGUCAUAAUGCAACAAGAUGUGGGCUUGGAAUCAGCUACCUCCGAUGAAAGCAUAGCUCCAAAAUUCAACAGUUCUACCAUAGAGAAAGACAUCUUGAGGUAUUAUUAUUAUAUUCACCAUGGAAUUGAUACAGAUCAUGUAGCCCCAAUGGAAGAUUCUUGGUUGGAACAUGUGUUGAAUUUAGUCCCACAACAUUUGAAAGUCCUCACUGACAGCAUAAUGGUCUUAUCAGAUGAAAUGAAAGAAGAUUAUCUUCUUAGUGUAAAGAAAUCCAUAGUUGAUUUUGUUUUAAAAGACCCUAGAGAAAAAGAUGAUAAAAAGACAACUGAACUUCCACCCCAUCGUGCUGAGAUGGAGGUUCUGCCAAAACCUUGGAGAAAGUCUUUCUUUGCUGCACGUAGUUACAUUAAGGACCACUUGAAUGCAAUCAACCCCACCAUGCUGGCUGUACUUGAUUUGUGGCACAGCACUUACAAAAAAUUACGUUUAGUUGACAUAGAAGAAUUUCACAACCGCCAGGAUGCAUUAGAGCUGUCAUCUUUCCAGAACAUCGUCAUUAAACACAUGGAAUUCGCCAAAGAGACUCUGCUUAAAACGUGGUUUCCAGAAGUGCAGAAUAUUUAUUACCAAGGUAAUAAAAGAAAGCAAUUGCCAACUGGUGACAACAGUGCCAAAUUGGAAUCCUUUUUCAACUGUGCUGCUACACUUAUGACUUUACAGCUGCAGGACCUCACUUUAGUCUCCAUGCAAGAUUUCACAGACUUAAUUGCACAACCCCCAGAAUCUAUUCGAGCUUAUGAGCAUCCAGGUUUCAUCAUGAGGCUGGUUCUUGAUAAUAACACCAUUAAGUUUGAACCUGAGUUUAAUGACUAUAUAGAUAUCCUUGUUAACGUUUAUGACGUCAUGAUCAAAGCUGUCAGUUUUGUGCCAAGGGUUGAGACAAAACUGUAUUCCAAGUGGGAAAGUAAGUCUAAGCCAACAACCUUGAAGCCCAUCAUUCUGAAGGAGAUUGUGAAUAAGCACAAGGAGAAGAUCAAGGAGGUGGUGAUAAAAGAGAGCGUGGCUCCCACCAAGCACCUCCACCUCUAUGACAAGUACGAGUUCCUAAUUACCAGGAAAGCUGAGCGUGAUGUUGAUACAUUCCUUGCACAAAGCCAGAGUUAUGAAAAAUUAAUAGACGAAAUUCGCAAAUACCAAAAGCUAAUGGAGGAGAUACAGUACACCUCUAGGAAGACCAUUCGUUUAGGAAUGUUUGAAAUGCACUGUGAGGAAUUAAUCCGAGCUUUGGUGAAACGAGCAGACAUCCUCUGUGGGAAACUCAUAGCUAAAAUGUUCCGAGAUCAUCAAGAACUAAACACAAGUCUAUGUGAAGAAUUUGAGAAGAUAGCUGAACAAGCCCUUAGCACUCCUCCAAAUACAGCAGAAUUGAUGGAAAUGAAGGCUCACAUUCAGAAAGUGGAGGAAACCACCAUGGUUGAACUGGGACAGAAGCUAGUGGAUUCCAAAAACUGCCUGGCCUUCCUCAUUGAGUAUGUCAACUUGUCUCCUGCAGACAUCAGGCUAAAUAAUAAUGUUUUCCAGUGGUAUGGAAGAAUGGGAGAAAUUUUUGAAGAACACAGAAAAAUAAUUAAAGAGAAAACAGAGCAAUAUCAAGAAGGUCUCAAGUUACGGUGUGAACGGUUUGUGGAGGAAUUGGAGAGCUAUGCUAAGCAGGCAGAAGAAUUUUAUACAUUUGGAGAUCUUCAGGAUGUACAGCGGUAUCUGAAAAAGGCUCAGACACUGAAUGCAAAAUUGGAUUUAGCAGCAGACAAGAUUGAGCAGUUCAAUGCUGAAGAAGAGGCAUUUGGCUGGACCCCAUCAGUAUAUCCUCAACGUAAAAAGAUUCAAGAUGGCUUGAGCCCUUAUCUUCAUCUCUAUGAAACAGCCGUAGAGUUUACCACCAAGCACAGAGGAUGGACAGAAGGACCAUAUCACAAAGUGAAUCCAGACCAAGUAGAAACAGAUGUUGGAAAUUACUGGAGAGGACUAUAUAAGCUGGAGAAAACCUUCCACGAUUCUCCAAAUGCUUUGGCAAUGGCAAAAAAAGUAAGAGCAAGGGUGGAAGAAUUCAAGCAGUACAUUCCUCUCAUCCAGGUGAUCUGUAAUCCUGGCUUGCGCCCCAGGCACUGGGAGGCCAUGUCUGCCAUUGCUGGCUUCCCUCUGCAGCCAUCAGAUGACUCCACUGUCUUCUCUUUCAUAGACAUGAAUCUGAGCCCAUAUUUAGACAGAUUCGAAAACAUCAGUGAGGCAGCUAGCAAGGAAUAUUCUCUCGAGAAGGCCAUGGAUAAGAUGAUUUCAGAAUGGGAUACAAUGGAAUUUUCCAUCCUUCCCUAUAGAGAAAGUGGAACAUAUAUUUUGUCAUCAGUUGAUGAAAUUCAGAUGCUGUUGGAUGACCAUAUUGUCAAAACACAAACCAUGCGAGGAUCUCCUUUCAUUAAGCCAUAUGAAAAACAAAUGAGAGAAUGGGAGGGCAAGCUCCUGCUGCUGCAGGAGAUCUUGGAUGAGUGGCUCAAGGUCCAAGCCACCUGGCUGUACCUGGAACCCAUUUUCAGCUCUCCAGACAUCAUGUCUCAGAUGCCUGAAGAAGGCAGGCGAUUCACAGCUGUGGAUAAAACAUGGAGAGAUGUGAUGAAAACUGUCAUACAAAAUAAACAUGUUCUUACAGUUGUAACUAUUGAGAGAAUGCUGGAAAGACUGAAAAAAUCUAAUGAACUUCUGGAACUCAUCCUUAAAGGACUUAAUGAAUAUUUGGAAAAGAAACGUCUCUUCUUCCCCAGAUUCUUUUUCUUGUCAAAUGAUGAACUUCUUGAGAUACUGUCUGAGACUAAAGAUCCUACUAGAGUACAGCCUCACUUGAAGAAAUGUUUUGAAGGAAUUGCAAAAGUAGAAUUUACAGAAACUUUAGACAUUACUCACAUGAAGAGUAGUGAAGGAGAAGUUGUAGAACUCACAGAGACCAUCUCAACAGCUAAAGCCAGAGGUCAGGUGGAGAAGUGGCUGGUUGAGUUAGAGAGGAUUAUGAUCAAAUCCAUUCACAAGGUAAUUGGAGAUGCAAUUGCUGCCUAUACAAAAAAUGAACGAAUUAACUGGGUAAGGGAAUGGCCUGGCCAGACUGUUCUCUGUGUAUCCCAAACCUUCUGGACAACAGAAGUCCAAACUGCUAUUCCAAAGGGACUAGAGGCUCUUGAGCAGUACUUGGGCAAAUGCAACAAUCAAAUUGAUGACAUUGUCACUUUGGUCCGUGGCAAAUUGUCCAAGCAGAACCGUGUUACCCUGGGAGCCCUUGUGGUGCUGGAUGUCCAUGCUAGAGAUGUCCUGGCAACACUUGUAACAAAGAAAAUUAGCGACGACUCUGACUUCGAAUGGCUAAGUCAGCUUAGGUACUAUUGGCAAGCUAAUCAUUUAGAAACGAAGAUGAUCAAUGCUGGCUUGCGAUAUGGAUAUGAGUAUCUGGGUAACUCCCCUAGGCUGGUUAUUACUCCACUCACUGAUCGAUGCUACAGGACCUUAUUUGGAGCCCUUCACCUGCACCUUGGAGGAGCACCUGAGGGCCCAGCUGGCACUGGAAAAACAGAAACUACCAAGGACUUGGCAAAGGCUGUGGCCAAGCAAUGUGUUGUUUUCAACUGCUCUGAUGGCCUGGAUUAUUUGGCUUUAGGAAAAUUCUUUAAGGGACUGUUAUCUUGUGGUGCCUGGGCUUGCUUUGAUGAGUUUAACAGGAUUGACUUGGAAGUACUUUCUGUGGUGGCUCAGCAGAUCCUGACCAUCCAAAGAGGUAUCAAUGCAGGUAGUGAAAUACUAGUGUUUGAAGGAACGGAACUGAAGCUUGACCCCACGUGUGCUGUCUUUAUCACCAUGAACCCUGGGUAUGCUGGGCGAUCAGAACUGCCAGAUAAUCUGAAGGCCCUCUUUCGGACAGUGGCCAUGAUGGUCCCUGACUACGCCAUGAUUGCUGAGAUAGUCCUGUACUCCUGCGGGUUUGUCACUGCGAGGCCACUGUCAGUAAAGAUCGUGGCUACCUAUCGCUUGUGCUCAGAGCAGCUCUCCUCCCAGCACCACUAUGACUACGGCAUGCGGGCUGUGAAGUCCGUGCUCACCGCUGCCGGGAAUCUAAAGCUGAAAUAUCCAAAUGAAAAUGAAGAAAUUUUGCUACUUAGAUCAAUUAUUGAUGUAAAUCUGCCAAAAUUUUUAUCCCAUGAUUUACCACUCUUUGAGGGAAUUACUUCGGAUUUAUUUCCUGGGGUAAAAUUACCAAAGCCAGAUUACAAUGAUUUGCUAGCAGCCAUAAAAGAUAAUUGUGCCUCCAUGAAUUUACAAAUGACCAAAUUCUUUUCUGAGAAGAUCCUUCAAAUAUAUGAAAUGAUGAUUGUACGUCAUGGUUUUAUGAUUGUUGGAGAACCAUUUGGAGGGAAAACUAGUGCAUAUCGUGUUUUAGCUGGAGCAUUAAAUGACAUAUGUGAAAAGGGGCUAAUGGAAGAAAACAAAGUUCAGAUAACUGUUUUAAACCCUAAGUCUGUCACCAUGGGCCAACUAUAUGGACAGUUUGACUUAGUGUCCCAUGAGUGGUCUGACGGUAUCCUAGCUGUCAGCUUCCGAGCAUUUGCCUCCUCAUCGACUCCAGAUAGGAAGUGGCUAAUCUUUGAUGGGCCAGUAGAUGCUGUGUGGAUUGAGAACAUGAACACAGUUCUGGAUGACAACAAGAAGCUGUGUCUGAUGAGUGGGGAGAUUAUUCAGAUGUCACCACAGAUGAACCUGAUAUUUGAACCAAUGGAUUUAGAAGUUGCUUCUCCCGCCACUGUGUCCCGGUGUGGCAUGAUUUACAUGGAGCCUCACAUGCUGGGCUGGAGACCGCUGAUUCUGUCCUGGAUCAACCUUCUGCCGGCUUCCAUCAGUGUUAUGCAGAGGGAAUUUUUAGAGGGCCUAUUUGAAAGAAUGGUCCCUAUUUCUGUUGAAUUCAUUAGAAGACACACAAAGGAACUAUCUCCUACUUCAGAUACAAACUUGGUGCGCUCCUUAAUGAAUCUGAUAGAUUGUUUCAUGGAUGACUUUGCCGAUGAAGCCAAAAACAAGGACAGAAAUGAUCGAGAGACCUACUCUUUGCUUGAGGGCAUUUUUCUCUUUUCACUGAUCUGGUCUGUUGGUGCUUCUUGUACAGCUGAUGAUCGGUUGAAAUUUGAUCUGAUUCUUCGAGAGUUAAUGGAAGGUCCAAUUUCAGACAUAACUCGAUCUAAGUUUAAAUUACUGAGUGGUACUGAACAAACAUCCACAAAGAAAUUAACUGUCCUUUUUCCUGAAAAGGGAUCAGUUUAUGAUUAUCAAUUUGUCACUGAGGGAAUAGGAAGAUGGGAGCCAUGGGUAAAGAAAUUGUUGGAUGCUCCUCCAAUUCCCAAAGACAUGCUGUUUAAUGAAAUCAUUGUGCCAACUCUGGACACAAUCCGAUACUCUGCACUCAUGAAUUUGCUGACCACUCAUCAGAAGCCUUCAGUAUUUGUAGGACCAACAGGAACUGGAAAGAGUGUUUACAUCAUUAAUUUUCUUUUAAAUCAAAUCAAUAAGGAAGUCUACAAACCUCUGAUAGUUAACUUCUCAGCACAAACUACAGCAGCCCAAACUCAGAAUAUUAUCAUGUCAAAAUUGGACAAAAGAAGAAAAGGAGUCUUUGGACCUCCUUUGGGCAAGAGAAUGGUUGUCUUUGUGGAUGACGUCAAUAUGCCUGCUCGGGAGGUCUAUGGGGCGCAACCUCCCAUUGAGUUACUCAGACAGUGGUUAGAUCACUGGAACUGGUAUGACCUCAAAGACUGUUCUGUGAUUAAACUAGUGGACAUUCAGAUCAUGUGUGCAAUGGGACCUCCAGGUGGUGGCCGAAAUCCAGUCACUCCUCGAUACAUGAGACAUUUCAAUAUUAUAACAAUCAAUGAAUUUAGUGACAAAUCCAUGUUCACCAUUUUCUCUAGAAUCUUAACCUGGCAUUUAAGAACGUGCUAUAAAUUUCCAGAUGACUUUCUUACUUUGACCUCACAAAUUGUAAAUGGCACAAUGAUUCUGUACAAAGAAGCAAUGAAGAAUCUCUUGCCUACACCAGCUAAGUCUCAUUACUUGUUCAAUCUUCGUGACUUCUCCCGUGUCAUUCAAGGUGUUUGUUUGUCAAGACCAGAAACGGCAGAAAACAAAGAAGCGAUUAAACGACUUUGGGUUCAUGAGGUCCUCAGAGUGUAUUAUGAUCGCCUCCUGGAUAAUGCAGAUAGAGGUUGGCUUAUUAACUACAUACAAGAAAUUCUGAAAAAUUACAUGCAGGAAGAUUUCCAUGAGCUUUUUAAAGCCCUGGACUUUGACAACGAUGGGGUAGUGGAAGAAGAUGACUUACGGAGCCUAAUGUUCUGUGACUUCCACGACCUCAAGCGCGAAGACACCAGCUACCGAGAAGUGGCCAACGUGGACGGCCUCCGGGUGGUGGUGGAGGCGCACCUGGAAGAGUUCAACAACAUGAGCAAGAAGCCCAUGAACCUGGUGCUGUUCCGCUUCGCCAUCGAGCACGUCAGCAGGAUCUCGCGCAUCCUCAAGCAGCCCCGGAGCCACGCGCUGCUGGUGGGCGUCGGGGGCAGCGGGCGGCAGUCGCUCACCCGCCUGGCCGCCCACAUGGCCGACUACGCCCUGUUCCAGGUGGAGAUCUCCAAGGGCUACGGCACCCACGAGUGGCACGAGGACCUGAAAGUGGUCCUGAAGAAGUGCGCCGAGGGGGAGAUGCAGGGCGUCUUCCUGUUCACCGACACGCAGAUCAAGAGGGAGUCCUUCCUAGAGGACGUCAACAACCUGCUCAACGCCGGGGAGGUCCCCAACCUCUUCGCCCUGGACGAGAAGCAAGAGAUCUGCGAAAAGAUGCGCCAGCUGGAUCGCCAGCGGGACAAGACCAAGCAGACGGACGGCAGCCCCAUCGCGCUCUUCAACAUGUUCAUCGACCGCUGCCGCAACCAGCUGCACGUGGUCCUGGCCAUGAGCCCCAUCGGAGACGCGUUUCGGAUCCGCCUCCGGAAAUUCCCGGCCCUCGUGAACUGCUGCACCAUCGACUGGUUUCAGUCGUGGCCUGAAGAUGCACUGGAGGCAGUUGCCUCACGGUUCUUGGAAGAAAUUGAAAUGUCAGAGGAAAUACGAAAUGGCUGUAUCGACAUGUGUAAAAGCUUCCACACUUCUACCAUAAGCCUAUCAACAUCCUUCUAUAAUGAACUUCAAAGAUACAAUUAUGUGACUCCCACCUCUUACCUUGAGUUAAUCUCUACCUUCAAGCUGCUGUUAGAAAAGAAAAGAAGUGAAGUCAUGAAAAUGAAGAGGAGGUAUGAAGUGGGUUUGGAUAAGCUAGAUUCUGCUGCAUCUCAGGUUGCCACAAUGCAGUUAAAGUUGGAGGCUCUGCAACCCCAGUUAAAAGAAACCAGCAAACAGGUGGAUCAAAUGAUGCUAACUAUUGAGAGGGAGUCAAUAGAGGUGGCAAAAACAGAAAAAAUUGUGAAAGCUGAUGAAACCAUAGCGAACGAGCAAGCCAUGGCUGCCAAAGCCAUCAAGGAUGAGUGUGAUGCCGAUCUGGCAGAAGCCUUACCCAUCCUGGAGUCCGCGUUGUCUGCCCUGGAUACGCUUACUGCGCAGGACAUCACAGUGGUAAAAUCCAUGAAGAGCCCCCCUGCUGGUGUUAAGCUUGUCAUGGAAGCUAUUUGCAUCUUGAAAGGCAUCAAAGCUGACAAAAUCCCUGACCCAACAGGCUCAGGAAAAAAAAUUGAGGAUUUCUGGGGCCCAGCUAAGAGACUUCUUGGAGACAUAAGAUUUCUGCAGUCACUUCAUGAGUAUGACAAGGACAACAUUCCUGCAGCCUAUAUGAAUAUCAUAAGGAAAAAUUAUAUUCCCAAUCCAGAUUUUGUUCCAGAAAAGAUUCGAAAUGCUUCAACAGCUGCUGAAGGUCUGUGCAAAUGGGUCAUAGCAAUGGAUUCCUAUGACAAAGUAGCAAAAAUAGUAGCUCCCAAAAAGAUAAAGCUGGCUGCAGCUGAAGGAGAGCUUAAAGUUGCUAUGGAUGGUCUUAAAAAGAAGCAGGCAGCCCUUAAGGAAGUUCAGGACAAGUUGGCCAAGCUUCAAGACACACUUGAGUUAAAUAAAGAAAGGAAGGCUGACUUGGAAAACCAGGUUGAUCUGUGCAGCAAGAAACUAGACCGAGCUGAGCAAUUGAUCGGAGGUCUUGGAGGUGAGAAAACUCGAUGGAGCCAAUCAGCGCUGGAGCUUGGGCAAUUGUAUAUCAACCUGACAGGAGACAUCCUCAUUUCCUCAGGGCUUGUUGCCUACCUGGGAGCCUUUACAUCUAACUACAGACAGAACCAGACUAAGGAGUGGACAGAUUUGUGCAAAGGAAGAGCCAUCCCCUGCUCAGACGAUUAUUCUCUUAUGGGCACCCUGGGAGAAGCUGUGACAAUUCGAGCUUGGAAUAUUGCCGGUUUACCUUCUGACUCAUUUUCAAUUGAUAAUGGGAUCAUCAUAAUGAAUGCAAGAAGGUGGCCUCUGAUGAUAGAUCCUCAGGGUCAGGCUAAUAAGUGGAUCAAGAACAUGGAGAAAACCAACAGUCUUCAGCUAAUUAAACUGAAUGAUCCUGACUAUGUCAGGACUCUGGAAAAUUGCAUCCAGUUUGGUACUCCUGUGUUGCUAGAAAAUGUUGGAGAAGAGCUGGAUCCGAUUUUGGAACCUCUCCUACUGAAACAGACCUUUAAGCAGGGAGGGAGCAUUUGCAUUCGGCUUGGAGACUCCACAAUUGAAUACGCGCCUGAUUUCCGCUUCUACAUUACAACCAAGCUGAGAAACCCGCACUAUCUUCCUGAAACGUCAGUGAAGGUAACAUUAUUAAACUUCAUGAUUACGUCAGAGGGGAUGCAAGAUCAGCUUCUGGGGAUUGUGGUAGCACGAGAAAGGCCGGACCUUGAAGAAGAAAAGCAAGCCUUGAUUCUACAAGGAGCAGAAAACAAAAGGCAGUUAAAAGAAAUAGAAGAUAAGAUUUUGGAAGUCCUUUCAUCUUCAGAAGGCAAUAUAUUAGAAGAUGAAACUGCUAUUAAGAUAUUAUCUUCCUCCAAGGCUUUGGCUAAUGAGAUUUCUCAAAAGCAGGAAGUAGCCGAGGAGACAGAGAAAAAGAUUGAUACUACCCGCAUGGGUUACCGGCCUAUUGCCGUCCACUCCUCCAUUCUGUUUUUCUCUAUUGCUGACUUAGCCAACAUUGAACCCAUGUACCAGUAUUCACUGACCUGGUUCAUUAACCUUUUCAUCCUGUCCAUUGAAAACUCGGAGAAAUCAGAGGUCUUACCAAAAAGGCUUCAGAUUCUCAAGGACCACUUCACCUACUCCCUCUACGUCAAUGUCUGCCGGUCACUCUUUGAGAAAGACAAGCUGCUCUUCUCCUUCUGCCUAACCGUGAACCUACUGAUUCACCAGAAUGCGAUUAACAAAGCUGAGUGGAGAUUUCUGCUGACUGGUGGCAUCGGGCUGGACAAUCCGUAUGCCAAUCCCUGCACGUGGCUUCCUCAAAAGUCUUGGGAUGAAAUAUGCCGGUUAGAUGAUUUGCCUUCCUUCAAGACCAUUCGUAGGGAGUUCAUGCGCUUAAAGGAUGGAUGGAAAAAAGUAUAUGAUAGCUUGGACCCACACCAUGAGGUCUUCCCUGAAGAAUGGGAGAAUAAAGCCAAUGAGUUUCAGAGGAUGCUUAUCAUUCGCUGCUUAAGGCCAGACAAGAUUAUUCCGAUGUUGCAAGAAUUCAUAAUCAGCAAGUUGGGGCGUGCAUUCAUUGAGCCACCUCCUUUUGAUUUGUCCAAGGCUUUCGGGGACAGUAAUUGUUGUGCACCACUGAUUUUCGUGCUUUCCCCUGGAGCAGAUCCCAUGGCUUCACUUCUUAAAUUUGCCGAUGACCAGGGGUAUGGAGGAUCAAAGCUUAGCUCUUUAUCUCUUGGUCAAGGCCAAGGACCCAUUGCUAUGAAGAUGUUAGAAAAAGCAAUCAAAGAAGGAACAUGGGUUGUUCUUCAGAACUGUCACCUUGCCACCUCUUGGAUGCCAACUCUCGAGAAAGUCUGUGAGGAGUUAAGCCCAGAAUCAACGCAUCCUGACUUCCGGAUCUGGCUGACAAGUUACCCAUCUCCCAAUUUCCCCGUGUCUGUACUGCAGAACGGGGUGAAAAUGACCAACGAGGCACCAAAAGGCUUACGAGCUAACAUCAUCCGAUCAUACCUCAUGGACCCCAUCUCUGACCCCGAGUUCUUUGGCAGCUGCAAAAAGCCUGAGGAAUUCAAAAAAUUGCUUUAUGGCCUCUGUUUCUUCCAUGCUUUGGUACAAGAGAGACGGAAAUUUGGACCCCUGGGCUGGAACAUUCCUUAUGAAUUCAAUGAGACUGAUCUAAGAAUCAGUGUACAACAGCUCCACAUGUUCCUGAACCAGUAUGAGGACCUGCCGUACGACGCCCUGCGGUACAUGACCGGCGAGUGCAACUACGGGGGCCGGGUGACCGACGACUGGGACCGGCGCACGCUGCGCAGCAUUCUGAACAAAUUCUUCAACGCGGAACUAGUUGGAAAUCCAGACUAUAAGUUUGACUCAAGUGGCAUCUAUUUCGUCCCUCCUUCUGGUGAUCACAAAAGUUACAUCGAAUACACAAAGACGCUGCCACUGACCCCUGCUCCGGAGAUCUUUGGGAUGAACGCCAACGCAGACAUCACUAAAGAUCAGGCAGAAACCCAAUUGCUGUUCGAUAACAUUCUCCUCACCCAGUCUCGUUCAUCAGGUGCUGGAGCAAAAUCAUCAGAUGAAGUAGUAAACGAUGUUGCUGGUGACAUUUUGGGCAAACUUCCGAACAACUUUGAUGUUGAGGCUGCUAUGAGGCGGUACCCAACAACGUACACGCAGAGCAUGAACACCGUGCUGGUCCAGGAGAUGGGGCGAUUCAAUAAGCUGCUGCAGACCAUAAGAGAGUCAUGUGUUAAUAUCCAAAAAGCAAUCAAGGGGCUUGUGGUGAUGUCCACGGAGCUUGAAGAAGUCGUGAACAGCAUUCUGAAUGUGAAGAUUCCGGGAAUGUGGAUGGCCAAAUCCUAUCCAAGCCUUAAGCCACUUGGCAGCUAUGUGAAUGACUUCCUUGCAAGAUUAAAGUUUCUGCAGCAGUGGUACGAGGCGGGCCCCCCUCCGGUCUUCUGGCUCUCGGGCUUCUUCUUCACGCAAGCCUUCCUGACGGGCGCGCAGCAGAACUACGCGCGGAAGUACACCAUCCCCAUCGACCUGCUGGGGUUCGACUACGAGGUGAUGGACGACAAGGAGUACAAGCACCCGCCUGAGGACGGUGUUUACAUUCAUGGAUUGUUUCUGGAUGGAGCUUCCUGGAAUAGGAAAAUCAAGAAACUUGCAGAAUCACACCCGAAAGUUCUUUAUGAUACAGUACCUGUGAUGUGGCUCAAGCCCUGCAAGAGGGCAGAUAUACCAAUACGACCAAGUUACAUUGCUCCACUGUAUAAGACAAGUGAGCGGAGAGGAACGCUGUCCACCACUGGCCACUCCACGAACUUCGUGAUUGCAAUGAUCCUUCCCUCCGACCAGCCGGAGGAGCACUGGAUUGGACGGGGUGUGGCCCUGCUCUGUCAGCUGAACUCUUAACCUGAAGCUCUUGCCUCUGUGUCCCUAUUUCUUAUUUGAUUGCCAAGUAGAGCAUAUUUUAUUGACCAAA